UCAAUUCAACUGCAUUUGCAUACACCUCCGACCAUGGCGGCCACAGUCGCCGGCGCCGCCGUCUUCCGAUUCACGCGCUUCCGUCCAUUAUCUCCGGCGCCGCCCUCUCCUCCGCCGAAUCAGCUUCUCCGCUCCAAUUUCGCCGGAAUUUCGCGGCGGCGCGAGAGGAAUAUGCUAACUCCGGCGACGGUCGCUUGCCUUCUUAAGGAAGAGAAUCUGAGCAAUAGCAGCAGCGACGAACGGAGAGGAGGAGACGCGGCGGAGAAGCGACACUCCGCGGCGGCGGCGAGGAGGAGAUCGGAGAGGCUGACGUAUCUGGUGGCGGCGGUUAUGUCGAGCUUCGGUAUAACUUCCAUGGCGGCCAUGGCGGUUUACUCUAGAUUCGCUUGGCAGAUGGAGGGCGGAGAAGUACCCUACGCUGAAAUUGUUGGUACCUUUGCUCUCUCCAUUGGUUCUGCUGUGGGAAUGGAAAUGUGGGCGAGGUGGGCUCACAAGGAACUAUGGCAUGCUUCGUUAUGGCAAAUGCAUCAGUCGCACCAUAGGCCACGAGAAGGCCCUUUCGAGCUCAACGAUGUUUUUGCGAUUAUUAAUGCUGUUCCCGCCAUCGCACUCCUCUCUUACGGAUUUUUUCACAAGGGCAUCUUUCCCGGCCUCUGUUUCGGGGCUGGAUUGGGAAUAACGGUUUACGGAAUGGCGUACAUGUUCGUCCACGAUGGACUCGUCCACAGGAGAUUCCCCGUGGGGCCCAUUGCAGACGUACCUUAUUUUAGGACAAUCGCCGCCGCUCAUCAGCUGCACCAUUCGGACAAGUUCAAGGGUGUGCCUUAUGGCCUGUUCUUAGGACACAAGUAUUACAUGCAGGAGGUGGAAGAGGAAGAAGGUGGGUUAGAAGAGCUCGAAAACGAAGUUCGUAGGAGACUUAAAAUGUCCAAAUAUUAGUAGAAUUUUGUACCCAGAUUUUGAUGAGGUGACUUUGACUGUGAAUUUGAAAAUAAUUGCAAUCCAAUUCCAAUU